AUGCUGGCGACAAAGCCCUGGACUGCAGGGAGCCAUCUCACAACGCUCCACAGACCUGGCUCUGCUGCACCUGGAUGCUCCCACCUCCCACAGCAGCAUCUUCUGAGGUCCCCCAUGGUCCUGCUGCGCCCCUGGGAGCUGCUCCUCAUCCUGCUGCUGCUGCAGGUUACUGCUGCUGACAGUUUUUCUCAUGAAAUUGAAAAUUUCAGUUUAAGGCAAGCCAUCAGAAGGAAGAGUUUCCAGGGGAUGGAUUCUUAUCAGUCAGACAGUCUGGCACCUCUGAAGAGAACAAAAAGGGCCUGGAUUAUCACCACCAUUGAUGUUGAAGAGGAGGACAAAGGACCAUUCCCCAAAUAUGCUGGACAGCUGUUCAAUAAUAGAUCAUACAACACAUCACUGAAGUAUUUAAUCAGUGGGCCUGGCGUGGAUGAGGCCCCAGAGGUUGGAUUGUUUUCCCUAGAAGAUGAUGCCAAUGGCCAUGUGUACGUCCACCGCUCCAUCGACAGGGAGAGGACCCCAGAUUUCCAGAUUCGUUUUGAUGUUGGGAACAGAGAAUCUGGUGAGCUGUUGGACCGCUCGAUAUUUUUCAAGAUAAAGGUUAAAGAUAUCAAUGACAACGCACCUGAGUUUUCCAUGGAAGAAUACAGCACCACAAUAAGAGAGAGCCACAGUAAAGAUGAGCCAGUUAUUCGAGUCACAGCCCUGGACAAGGACGAGGGGGGCACUGUGAACUCACAGGUCUCCUAUUCUAUACAUGUGCAAGUGCCCUCUCCAGAUGGGCUCACCUUCAGCAUUGAUCCGGCCACAGGUUCAAUAUUCCUGUCAGGAUGCCUGGAUUGUCAGAUUGCCAACUCUUUCAGCCUUCUGAUUAAAGCCAGUGACCACGGAAGCCCCCAGCUCUCAUCUACUGCAACAGUGACUGUCGCUGUUGAAGAUGCAAACAACCACCUCCCUGUAUUUACCAGUGACAAUUACCCUCUGCAGAUUUCAGCAGGGGAAGAACAUCCAGCUGUGUUAAGGCUCCAAGUGGAAGAUAAAGACUCUCCCCACACUCCAGCAUGGAGAGCAAAAUACAAAAUAACAAAGGGAAACGAGAAGGAGCAGUUCACCAUCGAGACAGAUCCAGCCACAAAUGAAGGCAUUUUGAGUGUUAUCAAGCCUCUCAGCUAUGAAGGUGACUCUGAGAUGAGACUCGUCAUUUCUGUGGCAAAUGAAGAACCUUUCUUCUGGUGCACAAAUGGCAUUGUGGUGAUCUCAGACCUGGAAUCCACGAACACAGCCGUGAACAUCAAGGUCUUACAGUCACAACGUGUUCCAAAGUUUCAUCCUCCUGUACUUACUGUCCAAAAGGAAGAUUCAAUGAAGCCUGGGAGGGUGUUUAGAAAGUAUCCUGCCACAUAUCCAGAUGCUGUGCCAAAUAAGAUAAAAUAUGAACUAGCCCAUGACCCAGAUGGUUGGCUGAGUGUGGAUGAGAACUCUGGUGUUCUUACUGUGGCGAAAGAAUUUGACCAGGAAUCCCCCUUUUUGAACAACAGCCUGUACACCAUUAUUGUUCAUGCUACUGAUCAUGGCAAGCCACCACAGACUGGUACUGGCACCAUCCUGCUUUACUUGUCUGACAUUCAUGAUCAUAUGCCAGCACUGGUGGCUCCUGCUUUAGAGGUGUGCCACAAAAAGGAAGGGACACCUCUCAUUAUAGCAGCCAAGUCUGCUCUGGCCCAUCCACAUUCAGGGCCAUUGACAUUUGAGCUGGCUGAGGGCUCUGAAGAUGUGAAGCAUAACUGGACAUUAGGAAGGAACUUUGGGCAGUCAGUUGAACUUGUGAUGUUAAGAAGCCUCCCACAAGGCAGCUACUUGGUGCCCAUCAUUAUUCAGGACAAGCAAGGAUUUUCCACAAGGCAGAACCAGCACAUCAGGCUCUGCCUUUGCCCAGAUGGACACACGUGUAAAUAUUCCUCAGUUCAAGCAGCAGUGGGACUUGGAAGUGGUGCCAUUGUGAUCAUACUGAUGACUUUCUUCUUGCUGCUGGUCUCCAGCAUCCUGCUGUGCCAGUGUUACAGGUCAGGGGCUAAAAGCAAAGCCAUUGCUCCACCCCAGGAAGGUGAACAGACUUUAAUCAACUACAAUGAAGAGAGCAGGAGUUCUUUUUCUGAGGCUGGGCUGGAUAUUACACACAGUGCUACCCUAACACCUGUGUCUGGGGAGGCUGGAAAAGGAGUGAUGGCCGAGAAUGGCUGUGUCACUGGCUACAAGACAUCCCAAGCAAGACAGCUGGAUUGCUUCAUACGGACAGUGGACAGGACACUGGCUCAGAAAGUGUUUUACCAAAGCACACUGGAGGAUUACGGGGACAUCUGUGAACCUUGCAGAUACACUGAGGAAGGAGAACCAGAGCCCAGCAGCUCCCCCUGCUCCAUCUCCAUCAGCAGUGAGCACAUCCCUGAUGAUUUUUUGAACACUCUGGGACCAAUGUUUUCUGCUCUGGAGGAGAUCUGUCAGAAGUGAUCUCCAUCCCUCAGUUCAUGUCGGAAGGCUGUGACCAUGGUGCUGCAAAGGCUUCUGGCAGGAGCAGUGACAAUUUCAGGAGAAAAGGACCAUCUGUACUGGAAGGCAUUGCAGUGUUUGCAGCAUGAGCACCUGGCUUUUCAUUCUUCCUCCCUGCACUGUUUUACAUGGGCAACCAAAACCCUGGUGUGUCUUGAGGGUCCACAGUGCAGAGGUGGUGAGGGGAUUUUGGUUUAUUUGUGCACACUGACACAAACAGAAGACCUGAUAAUUAAGGAUUCUCAAUUUGGUAUGCAAAGGGAAAAAAAUCUACAUCAACUAGGCCUGAAAUUCCAGGCAGAGCUCCAUAUGGAAAUAAGUCAGUUUUAAAGAGAGAGGGCAGUUACCUGCUAGAGCAGUGCGUACUCCUUCCUCCAGUAUAAAAAUCCUGUUAAAUCCAAGAUUAAGUUUAGUACAGUGCCAUAUUUUAUAUCCUUUAUAUAUGACAAUGAAACAUGGAAGAGAAAGUUCACUUUUCCUCUGGGUUCACACAUCUGGGACAGCUCUGCACCAUCCCUCCUUGAGCGUGAAAGGAGCACUUCUGGUGCUCGUGUGUCUGCUGGCAUCUGCUGGCUGUUGGUAUCAUGGCACUGCUGUAAAUAACACCCCAAAUGCUAAGAAAUUGUUGUCAGGCAAGGUUAUUCCUUUCAAUGAAAUAACUUCCUGCUCUGAAUUAGCCACAAGUGCCUCUGAGAGGGAAACUCGUGGGUUUCCUCAAGCACUGCUGAUAAAACAGAUGAAAUGAUAAAAAAGGGAUGGUAUCAAAUUUCUCUGUCAGGAAACCACAGAUGUGUUACUUUUAAAUUUUGAGGUUUGGACAUGUCUGAGUGUGAUUGAUCUCUGCUCAGUUAUGGCAUGAAGUCUUCCAAUACAGAAAUGAGGAAAGAACAGCUCAGGAGUUUGUGUUCUGUCAUUAGGUAAGUUACACAUGCAGGAAGUGUUGGAAUUAGUUACAAAUCUUACUCCUGUUCUAGUACAAUUUUGUGCUGAAAGAAAAAUACUUCGCCUGAGGCAAGAACUAAGUCUGGGAGCUAAGACACUGUUUUUGUGUUUCAAAGUUUACUUAAACAAUAAAUUAUGCUUUCGCUCGGAUAUUAUUAACUAAUAAUUCAAGGCUGGAAACUUCAGUCAAGUGUGAUAAAAGAAUUUGGCUGAGUGGCAGGCAGCCACGUCCUCCUAAAUGCCAGCAGCAAGAUCUGUUUACACAAUAAAUCACUCCUGUGAUAAACUGUCCUUAAUUUGUAACUCCAGAUGGAAGGCUUCAAGCCAGGCCAGUGAUUUAGCAGCACUGCUAAUACCUGAGGUGACAUUUUUAUUGCAGAUGAUAACCAUAUUGGUGAGAUUAGAGUUGUGCUCUGUUUUGCUGUUUCUUCUGAAAAUUACGCCAGGCUGAAAACAAUCAUGGAAAUGUUCUGUGUGUUUAUUGCUGGUGUAAAACUCAUGGUGGGUUUGGAGCAGUCACCCAAACAUGAGGUGGGAUCAGACCCACGGCUGCUAAUGUUGGUAAAGUUCUCUCUUGCAUGGCACAAAAAAAGUGUUUUAAUGAAACCCUGUUUCUUGGGAAAUGAGAAUGUCCCUGGAGGCUCUCACAAUUGCACACACAGGUGGUAACAUUCAGUAUUUCAGCUUCUUCAGGGAUUGGAAGACUUGCAGGCACUAAGCUGAUACAGCUUCCCAGCACCACUGGGAGAUAAAGCUGCAAUGUUUGCACUUUAAAGAGCAGGAAUUUCGGCUGAGGGAGCUGCUCUGUUGACCCCAGUCACACAGAGAGCUGUGGCAAACUGAGGAGUGGCACUUUUCGAUGGUGCUGCACGAGCAUCUUGCCUUCCACCAACGAUGUUGACCUUUGCAGCAGCUUUUAGCCCAUUCCUUUUGAACAGACCUGAGGGAAAUGUGCUCUGCUGUGGUCAUAUCAAAGCAGUACAAAAUCUGUACAGCCUGGGAGCAAACAGUGAUGGAAGCAGCAAAUAAUGAAAACCUUCAUUUUACAGAUAAGGGACAGGUGCACAGCAAUUCUAAGUCAGCUCCUGUAAUCAAAAUGAGGCUUGUAGAAUAGAUGUAGAUAUUCAGAGUCCCUUUUUGUCACUGUAAUAACUGAAGUAUCAUUAUAUUCAUCAUUCCCACCAAGCCCUGUCAUUUAUGCAACUACCUGGCCAAAAAUAUUCCUCUUUUUUUUUCUCACUAAGCAUUUGCAGUCAGUAAUUGGGUGGAGCUCCCAUUAGCAAAGUAUCAGUACAAAAAAGGGGGUUUUUGUAAAACAUGAAAUCAUCACUAAAUAUAUCAGUAUUACGGCGACUGCAGAUGCAAAGAUCUUUUUGAUGCAAUCUACUGAUUUGACACUUGAACCCCUGUUAAUGAUCACUGGAUACUUUUAUGUAGGAAUGACAAAACCUGGUACAAACACCCAAAUAACCACUCAAACUGCUGAAAGCUGUUAUGAAUCCUAUUGCCAACACAGGAUGCCUGAAAGCUUUUAGCAUUAGCCUGUUGGCUAAAAAACUUUUUAAAAGGCCUUGUAACAAAGAGAACUUUGCCUUCUGUUGUUAUGGUGUGAGAUUUACCAUCUUUUAUGUCUCCACCUUUGCUGGGACUGAUGAUGAAAUGAAAACUCAUGGAAUGUCUCUCGCUCUGUCCCUUGUUGGUGAUGGAUCCAGCACAGGGGUGUGAGGCAGAGCCCUCUGUGCCCCCUCCAUCCCCAGGGAGCUCCAGAGCUGCUCUGGAGGGUGAUGCUGGAUGCACACGCCAUCCCUGCACUGCUCACUGCAAACAUUUGUGGAUUUGACCUUUAGAGCAGCAGGUGCCACGAUUCUCCCCAGGGCCCCUCUGCCUGUGCUCUCUAUCCCCAGGCCAGGCAGGGAACUCGAGCAGUGCCCCAGGAGCAGCCCCGGGUGCUCUCUGUGCAGCCAUCAAAUACAGCUCAGUGCAAAAUUUCCAGCAUCCUACUCAUGAGUCUCCACCCUCCUCCAUCACUGAUAUUCGCGGUUUUUUGUAAAGAAUGAUUCAAUUAAACCACUCCUCACUAGAGGAGUUGGAACAGUUAGAGGAACUCCCCAAAAGUAGUGCCAGGCUUUGUUGUCCUUUUUCCUGACUUGGGGAAAACAAGUUUUAAGUUGGAAAUCUUCUUUCAUGUAGUCUUUACCAUGAAGAAAAGCAAAUAAAC